UCGGUUAUGGCAGAGCCGUCGCCUUGGAUGGCGGCCAAUCGGAGUCAAUGGAGAUUGCAGUUGAAUGGAGGGCCGCGUGGCGCGUGCCAGGGCCGGCUGGGACUCUGGCGCCACAUCCAAGUAAGGUGUCUCGUAGGUGGGACCGGGAUGCUGGAAGUCGGUUCUCUGUCUCCUUUGCAAACAAGACGGCUCGACGGACGGCUUAACGUGGAAGAGGAGCUUGCAGACACGUCAUCCGGUUUAACAUCGGAUUGGAAUCGUUCUUCGGACAGAUUGGAGAUUUUGGCCAAACUGGUUUCGGUUUUGCAAAACGAUAAACGGAGAUGCAGGCACGGAAGGAAAAAAAAACCGGAAAGGUAUGUUGAGAGACAAGCGGCAUCUUUGUUGCAAUCGAGUAAUCCUUCAGUAAUCAUAACGCGUGCAAAUCGAUUAAAAAAAGAUUGGUGCAGAACGGAACCGUUGUGGCAAAAAAUUUCCGAAAGGGGUUGUGUUUCUAAAACAAUCAUGAACCAUUUCUGUUACGGCCAAUGUAAUUCCUUCUACAUCCCUCAGACUUCUAACAAAACUUUCCAGUCCUGCCCUUUCUGUAAACCGUACUCGGCUAAAUGGACGAGAGUUAAUCUACGAUGCCCGUCACGGAUCCCAUUCGUCAAAAGAAUUAAAGUGCUCCUAGUGCAGAAAUGUCGCUGUAUUGCCGAGAUACUAAGGUGAAUUCUAAAUUUGAUUUUAGCCUACAAAAAAAUCAAACAAGAGGUUCCUCCACUGCUGGAAAGUGAUGCAUGCCUUGUUAGUUCGUACAACAGCCACAAAUCCUAUUCGAGUUAUACCCGAAGCCUUGUUAUAAAUGUACUUGAGGAGAUCGAUACUCAAUAAAUUUAAUUUCAUUAUUA